AAGGCUACUUGUUCCUCAAUGUUCCCGUCUCUUUCCACUGAAGAGACACACUUUCCUCAGGAAGACGCUUCUGCUAGAGCUGUUGGCUCGUAGGUUUGAUGAUGAAGGCAAACAGGACUUGAUAAACUGCCAGCAGGGGAAGUGUGACCAGACACAUUUUAUAGCUGUGUUUCAGACUCUGGCGGGCUGAAGUGGGGAGAGAAGAGGCACGGAUACUUCCCAGGGACGCCUGAAGUGAAGGUUCAGGUUCACGUGAUCUUGGUAGGGAUCCUACAGCUCAAUGGCUCUGAGCCACCUGGUGCGAGGAAGGCCAAGGGAUGCUGAUCCUGCUUCUUCAUGCGGUGGUCUUCGGCCUGCCUUGCACCCGGGCCACCGAGGCCUGUUUGCAGGCCUGUCCUGCGGCCUGCACGUGCCGCAGCAUAGAGCGUGGCUGCUCCGUGCAUUGCGAACGUGCUGGUCUCCUGCGGGUGCCCACUGAGUUUCCGUGCGAGGCGGUCUCCAUCGACCUAGACCGGAAUGGCCUGCGCAUGCUGGGCGAGCGGGCCUUUGGCACGCUACCGUCAUUGCGCCGCCUGUCGCUGUGCCACAACAACCUGUCCUUCAUCACGCCUGGCGUCUUCAAGGGUCUACCGCGCUUGGCCGAGCUGCGCCUGGCGCACAAUGGUGAGCUGCGCUAUCUGCAUGCCCGAACCUUCGCGGCGCUCGGUCGCCUGCGCCGCCUGGACCUGGCGGCCUGCCGCCUGUUCAGCGUGCCCGAGCGUCUCCUGGCCGAGCUGCCCGCCCUGCGCGAGCUCACGGCCUUCGACAAUCUGUUCCGUCGCGUGCCCGGCGCGCUCCGCGGCCUGGCUAACCUGACGCACGCGCACUUGGAGGGCAGCCGCAUCGAGGCCGUGGCCUCCAGCUCGUUGCGGGGCUUGAGGCACCUGCGCUCUCUCAGCCUGCAGGCCAACCGCGUGCAGGCUGUGCACGCCGGGGCCUUUAGCGACUGCGGAGCCCUAGAGCACCUGCUGCUCAAUGACAACCUGCUGGCCGCGCUGCCUGCCGCUGCCUUCCUAGGCCUGCGCCGCCUGCGCACACUCAAUCUGGGUGGCAACGAGCUGGGCCGAGUGGCGCGGGCCUGGUUCUCCGACCUGGCAGAGCUCGAGCUGCUUUACCUGGACCGCAACAGCAUCACUUUUGUGGAGGAAGGCGCCUUCCAAAACCUUUCGGGCCUCCUGGCCCUGCAUCUCAAUGGCAACCGCCUCACCGUGCUCUCCUGGACCGCUUUCCAGCAAGGCUUCUUUCUGGGACGCCUCUUCCUCUUCCGCAACCCUUGGCAUUGUGACUGCCAUCUGGAGUGGCUGCGCAAUUGGAUGGAGGGCUUGGGGCUUGUGGCUGAUGUGGCAUGCGCCUCCCCAGGUUCUGUGGCCGGCCUGGACCUCAGCCAGGUGGUCUUUGAGCACUCCUCUGAUGGCCUGUGUAUGGACCCCGAGGAGCUGAACUUCACCACAUCCAGCCCAGGCCCCAGUCCAGAGCCAGUGGCCACCACUGUGAGCAGGUUCAGUAGCCUCCUCUCCAAGCUGCUGGCCCCAAGGGCCCCUGUGGAGGAAGUAGCCAACACCACCUGGGAGCUGGUCAACGGCUCACUCUAUGACAGCCUUCCCUCCCUUGGAGUGGAGGUCUUAGGCUGCAAGGCCAUGUUUCUGUUCAUCUCUUGCCUCUUGCUAACCCUAGCACAGUCUGUAGUGUUCAGCCUACAGAGGGAUUGACUUUGCCACACUGAAGUGACCCAAACCACUUUGGUCAACAGGGAAAGACUUACUUGGCUGUGAUUUGGAGUGUCUGUAGUGAGAAGAGAGGGAAUACGAUUGGGG